AUGAGAAUACCUUCGUCAUUAAUAAGGCGCAGCUUAUUCCAUAAACGUCCAGUUCAAGUGAAGCCACUCUUUGCAUCCAGAUCUUUCCACUCCUCAAUAAAACGGCUCAUCGAUUACGAUCCGUAUCAGAUCUUGGGUAUAGAGAAGUCAGCGGAUGCAAAGCAGAUAAAAAAGGCAUACUAUGAUUUGGUCAAGAAAUAUCAUCCUGAUGUGAACAAGGAAAAGGACGUGGAGAAGAAAUUUCACAAGAUACAACAAAGUUAUGAAAUUUUGCGAGAUAAGGAAAAGAAGUCACAGUACGACCAAUUUGGCCCUAGUGCAUUUGACGAAAAUGGGAAUCCAAGCCCAUUUGGUGGUGCAGGUGGUGGUGCAGGUGGUGGAAAUCCUUUCGCCGGUUAUGGUAGAGCAAGUGGUGGUAACCCCUUUUCUGGUAUGGGAUUCGAUUUCGAAGAUUUAUUCAGGGAAGCAUUUGCUGGGGGAAGGGGUGCAGGUGGUAGAGGCGGUGGUGGUGGUGGUGGUUUUGGCGGCAGAGCUCACUUUGUCACUGAACACGUUGGUGAUAACGUCGAGGUUUUGAAACUGAUACCUUUCAAGGAUAGCAUAUUUGGAAGCAAGGUCACAAUCAAUUACAAAGUGGUUGACUCGUGUGGUACAUGUAACGGCAGUGGUUUGAAAAAAGGAGCCAAAAAGAAAACUUGUCCUACAUGCCAUGGAUCUGGGCAAACAACUCAUGUCAUGGGUGGUUUCCAUAUGGCUUCGACUUGUCCGACUUGUCAAGGUACGGGUGUUUCCAUCUCUAGAUCUGAUGAAUGCGGCACGUGUCAUGGAAAUGGGGUCCAAGAAGUUCCGAAAUCAACCACUAUUGAUAUCCCGCCAGGUAUAAGCGACGGCUCUAGGCUCCGUGUUCCAGGAGCUGGUGAUGCCCCAAUGGUGACAAAAGAUGAAUACAAUCAAGUUCGCAACGGUGAUUUGAUUGUUAGAAUCAAUGUUCAAAAGGACCCAGUAUUUAAACGAGAAAGUAACGAUUUGGUGGUGACUCAGGAGAUUUUGAUGACAACAGCAGCCUUGGGAGGAGAAAUUGUUGUGCCUACUUUGGAUGGACAGAAGAUUAAGUUGAAGGUCAGGCCAGGUGUUCAAUCGGGUAGGAGACUAACCAUACCAGAGAGAGGUGUGCCCAUCAACAGAAACUUGAACAAUAGAGGUAAUCUAGAUGUGGUGAUAAAUGUGAAAACGUUGGUACCAGAAAAUCCAACCCAAACAGCAUUGCUCGAAGCAUUGGCUGAUGCUUUCAAUGACAAGCUUGCAAAUAGAACGGAUGUGGAUUGGCAGCAUGAACUUGAGGAGAAUUCAAGUGAUGAGAAGUACCAAGAGGUUGACGAGAAAGACUUGCAUCCGUCUAAAUUGGCGAGGAUUGGAAAGGUCUUGGGUAAGUUUUUCAACUUUGAUGCUGAUAAACUGAAGAAGGACAAUAACGAGAAAUGA